UUUUAGCACUUGUAGGUCUUGUUCUUCAGCUUCAUUUUGGAGCUACACACAAGCUGGUCUGUUACAUUAGCAGCUGGUCCAGCCAUUGCCAGGGCAUGACGCAGUUCAAGGUGGACCAUGUGGACCCCUUCUUGUGCACACACCUGGUUGUCGCAUUCACUGAUAUUAAUGGAAGCUACGAACUGGAGCCGCAUGACCAUCAGCUGUAUCACUCCUUCAACAGACUCAAGCUCAGGAACCCCAAGCUGAAGGCUCUGCUGGCCACUGGAGGGCAGCAUUUCAAUGGCACUCUGUUUUCUCAAAUGAUAUCUAUAAAAGCCCACCGCACUGCCUUCAUUCACUCUGUCCUUAAAGUUGUCAGGACCUUUGGCUUUGAUGGACUCGACUUGGUCCAAAAGUAUCCUUAUGUUUUUCCCAGAGGUCUUAAAGAUGAAGCCAAAUUUACUUCUCUGGCUCGGGAGUUGCGUUUAGCAUUUGAUCGUGAGUCAUCCAGAAGUGGGAAAAGAAGAUUGGUGCUGUCCACUACUCUGUCCCCUUGGGAACAGAUGGCUGGCUCAAAUUUUCACAAAUAUGUUGACUUCAUCAGUUUGAUGAGCUAUGACCUUCACGGCCCUUGGCAAGGUGUAACUGGACACAGCAGCCCACUUUACAGUGGAGGCACAUCUCAAAAUGACCUGUAUCUGAACAUUAAUCAGAUGGUGAAGUACUGGCUCUACAGAAAAAUCCCUGCAAGAAAGCUGCUUCUAGGGUUUGCUGUUUACUCUCGUACCUUUGAGCUCCAGGGGAGAGAACAUGGAAUGGGUGCCCCAGCCAAGGAGGGAGGACCAGGAAAAUACACCAAAACCACAGGCUUUAUGGCUUUGUUUGAGGUAUGCCAGUUCAUUGAGAGUGGUGCCACAGUGAAAUGGAGUAAAAAUCAACAAGUGCCCUAUGCUUAUAAAGGAAAACAGUGGCUUGGAUUUGAGAAUAAGCACAGCUUGAGAAAAAAGGUGAAGUGGUUGACACACUUGGAUCUUGGUGGCGCAAUGGUAUGGUCUCUGGAUUUAGAUGACUUCACAGGAACCUCGUGUCAUCAUGGGAAAUAUCCGUUCAUCAAGCAGUUAAAGUCAUCCCUGCUGGCACAGAGAAAAAAAACAAAGAUCUGAAUCCAAGGAAUAGAGCUUUGUUUUGGAUUCCAAUCUUCACUGUCACCUUCAUGUGAUGGACACACAUUCUGUGGUGCCCAUUUCCUGUUGUAGAUUAAUCUGCCUGUGUGGUGGUGUGACAUUUGAUCAAUUAAACUCUGUGUUAUAUGGAAGAGCAUUAGGGCCACAGAGAAGAAAAAAAAAAUAGUGAAGAAAAAAAGGGUCUAUUCCAUGAUUAAAAGUCAAAAUUUCAAUCUUAGUUGCAAA